CCAUAGGGGCCCAGGAACACUGUCAUGUACCUGCCCAAAAGGGAAAGAAGAUGGAGAUGAACAUGGUGGCUGGCAUGGACAACGACAUGGAAAAAGGAUGCCCUGCACUUUCUGCACAGCGUGGGAAGCCGGACAGGUUAAAACAGUUAGAACAGAAUCUGUUGAAAGCCAGUUUCCAAGAGGACAACUUCACUGUCAUAUGCCCCAACAUUCAGACUUUAGUUAUCAAGAUUAAGCCACGGUUCCUAGGGCUGAAUCUCAGCAGCAAGUCAAUGCCGUCCAAGCCCAGAAAGAACUAAACGGACCCACCACUCCAUGCGUUUCCCACCUGCACUGGUGCCGAAAUGGCGGCGUUCAGCGGCAGAAAUGAAACUCGUCUGCAUUUAUCUCAACACGCCUUGCCUGUUCCAGGACUGGAAGAAUAGCUCCCUACUGAACAAUGACAUCUUAGGGGCCACCCUUGAAAACUACAGUGUCACCAACCUCACUGAGCCUGUGGAGAUCCGGUUCUGGCAUAACCAAACGCUGGAUAACUCAAGUGCGAUCUGCGUCUUUUGGGAGGAAGGACCAGAAAACGGCAGCCUGGGGAACUGGAACAGCGCUGGCUGUGACACCCACCACCAAAAUGGCGUAGUGCUGUGCCAGUGUAACCACCUCACCUACUUUGCCGUGCUGCUGAAAAUCUCCUCAGCGCCCAUAGACAAGGCCAUCCUGGCUCCUCUCACCUACAUCUCCAUGGUGGGCUGCAGUGUCUCAGCCGCUGCCUCGCUCCUCACCAUCCUCCACUACCUCGCCUCCAGGAAAAAGAGCAGAGAUUAUACAGCCAAAAUCCACAUGAACCUGCUGGGUGCCCUCUUCUUGCUGAAUGUCUUCUUCCUGCUCAGUGGGCCCCUGGCAUCGGUUCAAUCCACGUGGCUCUGCAGAGGCACUGCCGCCUUCCUCCAAUACUCCCUGCUCUGCUGCUUGACCUGGAUGGCCAUCGAGGGCUUCCACCUCUACCUGCUCUUGAUCAAAGUCUACAACGUGUACAUCAGGAGAUAUGUCCUCAAACUGUGCGCCGUUGGCUGGGGACUGCCAGCCUUAGCUGUGGUUAGCAUUCUCAUCUUCAAGGAAGAGACAUACGGGCUGCACAUAAUUGAGACUGACACGGGCUACGACAAUGCAACUAUGUGUUGGAUCACAGACAAGGCCCAGGAUGUUCAUUACAUCCUCAACGUGGGCUACGCUGGUAUCACCAUACUCUUCAACAUGGUCAUCUUAGUCACCGUCAUGAGGAUGCUGAGGAAACUGAGAUCCAACAUGAACAGUCAGAAAGAACGAGUGAAGAAGGAUCUGGUGACAGUGCUGGGACUGACGUGCCUGCUAGGAACGACCUGGGCACUGGCCUUCCUCGGUUUCGGUGUCUUCUUGAUUCCUCAGCUCAUCCUCUUCACUAUCAUCAACUCCCUCCUGGGGUUCUUCAUCUGCCUCUGGUACUGCACCAUCCGCCGCGAGCCGGAUCCCAGCUCCUCCACCGGGAGUUCUCAGAUGACAAAAUAACCAGGCCAGGCAGCUGGACUGUGCUCCCAAAGGGGCACAGCUCACCCCCCAGGAGCAGAUUCACUUGCUGGAACUGGCCUGCCCCAGUUACCCCAGGCAGGUCUGCGCUUCUGAUGGGGGAUUUAGCAAGGGAAGAGACACACUCCUCAGUGCCUUCACACACGCGGCCGCAAACAGCGCGACAAUGAGCCUUCCAAGCAGCUUAUGCAGAGUUUGUCGAGUAGGCGAACAGGACCUGGGCAAGACUGAGGGGUAACAGAACAGCCCCUCUCACAGCACAGGGAAUUACUGUUCCCUAGGAGGCUAGAGGCAGACAAUGCUUGGGGCGUUGAUUCCCCCUCCAUUGCACCUGGUGUCUUUAUUUACACCUGCGCACAGUGAGUGCAGAGAAGGUGCACAUCGCUACCAAACCACACCUCCCCACCCACUCACACCAGGGGUAAUGUCGUGCACACACACUGAGGGGGGAAAACAAGGAGAAUCAGAGCAUAUGUGUCUGUCCCCCUCCUCCCCCCCAGGAAGCUAUAAACACCCCGGUUUGUUACAUUUCCUUUUGAACUCAUGCGAUGAUUCUCCCGUCCCGGUCACUUCACCAUGGAGAGAGAUUCUAUACUCAGCUAACUGCCCUGGCACAGGCCCCUACCAUUCAAGCUAAAUGAGAGGAUUUGUUAGCAGUACGGGGCUAAUGACAUACAUCGGAGCAGUUUUGAUUCCAUUCAGUAGAGGGCAGUGGUGUAUGCAGGCUCGUGCACACACCGACCUGCUCACCCCAACACCAACCCAUUACGAACCAAUCAGAUGUACCCAAACACCCUGACUUUUGAGGAGGUUGGAACCCAAAUCCUAACCCUGCUGCUCAAGCCCAUCUCUGAUUUAAAGAGGACAGGCAAACAACAGGGAAGGAGAUGGAAGGAAACUGCAGAAAAGAAGGAACUAGAAAUUGGAGAGGAGGAAUUACAGAGCAGGGCAGUAAAGAAACAGACAUGGUGAAACAGGGAGUGUAGGGAAAGGAAAUAAUAGCAAAGGGGCUGUGAAUUCCUGGAUGCUGGAGACUGUAUUGCGGGACAUCAGCCGCCACUAACUGGUCAGUGAAGAGAUCUUGCCGCAAAGGUAGACGCUGCAGCUGAGUUCUCUCUCUCUCUCACACACAGACAAGUCCACAACCUGGAUGGACUAAACCUGGAACCAAUGUGCUUUUGCUUUUUUAAUGACCGUGUGGGGAGUUUAUUGCUCUUUUGUACCCAACCAGAGAUUUCCAUUAAACUGCUUUACAAUGGGGCAUCCACCCCACCCGCACCACUGCCUGCUCUGGCCAAAGCCCAUUCCCGGUGUUGGACUUUGUUGCAUGCAAGUGACUGGAGCCCGCCUGCUGGAGUAAUAAAAACAAGCAAUGACCCUAGUGGCUGCUCUU